AUGGAAGCUCGCUGUCAGUGUGGUGCUGUCAGUUUCAUGACGCCCACUGCCAAACCACUCGCCCUCUACAUCUGCCACUGCCACGACUGUCGUCGCCAGUCAAGCUCAGCCUUUGGCACCAGUGCCAUCUUCCCGCGGUUUCCCCUGCCGGACGAUUCUCUCAUUAGCUGCUAUACCCGUCCAACGUCGUCUGGUGCCACCCUUUACUGCUACUUUUGCAAAAGCUGUGGCACCCGUCUACUCCACACGACGCCGGGUAAAAACGUCGUCUCCGUCAAAGGUGGCUGUCUUGAAGGCCUCGACUGGCGCAGUGCCAUUCACAUCUGGACAAAAACCGCCAUGGUCCCCAUCCCCGAGGGCAGCGAGAGCCACUCGGAAGAGGCCGACUAUACCGAGUACGGCUCCAGCCAGGAAGAGCUGGACCAACCGGAUAUGCUCCGUGGGAACGGUGGUGACGGCGCGCUGGAUCCUUAA